UGUUAACAGGUGUUUACAAAAGUACUGUUAAAGGCGAUUAACAAUCUAGUUAUUUUCGAAAAAAAUCCAUAUAAAUGAUGACAGAAACUGUUGUAAACGUGCAGGAGGCACCUAACAAUAAUGCGGCCAACAAACCUCACACCAGUGAUCAACCUCUUUCUUGGAUUAGGUUUAAUGUGGAUUACUUUAAAACGACACCUGGAUUAAUAAAAAUCGCAGAACUGAUACUUGGUAUUCUGUGUAUGUCACUGGCCACACCAUAUCUGUCAGGAACGCAUUUUUUCCUGUUCGUAGCCACAACCUCAUUUAUUGGUACUUUAAUAUGGGUGUUUAUUUACUUGCUGGGCGUUAGGGAAGCGUUAACAUUGCCCAUAAACUGGAUACUCACCGAACUUGUUAACACAGCAAUUUGCACGAUUUUCUACAUACUAGCUUUUAUUAUUCAAUUGGCUAUAUGGUCCGGUUACUCAGGACAUUUCAAGGGUAUCAAUAUUACUGCUGGAGUUUUUGGUCUUUUUAACGCUUUGGCGUAUGGGUUUGGUGCCUAUUUACUUUAUUUGGAACACAAGAGCAACAGUGCAGCCUAAGCGGUUACUAAUUAGUAGUAAAUUAUCGACUGAACAUACAUCUCAGAUUAGUUAGAUCUGAAAAUUCAUUGUUGUCAUUCUGACCAACAUCUUACAACUUGGGUUUAGAUCCAGUUUGAAUACACACAAUUUUUAUUUAUUAAUUUAAAUUGCAAUAUAGUCAUCAUGAAGUUAAUUGUUAUACUUCUAUAAUUGUUAAGAAUAAAAAUUAUUAUUAUUUUGUUUUUAAAUACAUACAUAUUUAUUUUCCUUCGUAUACAUAUAUACAUACAUAGUUUUUUUACUUUUCUAUACUUAAAUUAAAUUCAAAUUUUAUUCCACUCUUAAAUGAUACUAUAAAAUUGCUUGUUCGUC